AUGUCCGCAAAAAGACAGAGCUCGCUGUUCUCUUUCUUCACACCGAAAUCAGGAGCUGUCACGCCGUGCUCGACGCCCAAAUCUUCUAAAAUCAAAGAAUCUGUGAAAAGAGAAUCAAGAGACGAUAGCGACAUUGAAGAGGAAUCUCGAACAUUAAAACGUGUGAAUAAUGAAGGUGAUUCCUCUCCAGUUCUCCCAAACAAAAGACCCGCUAAAAGAAGAAGAGUAAUUCUCUCAUCUGACGAUGAAGAGGACAACGAAGACGAAAACCUCUUAACUAUACGGACACCAUCUCCAGCUCAGGACAAGAUCCUGACGUCCACACCUAUGGCUGCUGAAUUAUCAACUCCAAAGAGUGUUCGUCCAUUACGACCUCUUAAAGAAUGUUCAACUCCAUUGUCAACGGCUCAAGCCGAGUCCUUCAUUGACUCAUUCCGCGUCUGUGAAGACGAUUUGAAUGUUUCGGCAGCCUCAGUCGACACCUUGGACCGUACGAUAUAUCGGGUUGAAUCAAGCAGCCAUAAGUCAAUUAAAGAAGAUGAGUUAGCUAUGGUGGAAGAAGCAAAAUUCCCUCAUGAAACUUUCUCCUUUUUGAAGCCCGAGAAUAUUCGAGAUGCGCAAGGUCGCCGUCCAGGCGAUGAUGAUUACGAUCCCACUACCUUAUUCGUACCUGCAGACUUCUUAAAAGAUCAGUCACCCGGUACUCUCUUGAUCUUUGAUUAUCCGUUCCAGUCUAGUAAGAACUUCGACACCAUCUUAUUGUUCAAAGUCGGAAAAUUCUACGAAACAUACCAUAUGGAUGCCAUCAUUGCUGUGGAAUGUCUGGGGCUCACCUUUAUGAGGGGUGGCCAUGCUCAUGCUGGUUUCCCGGAAGCAGCUUACGGCAAGUUUGCUGACCAAUUAGUCUCGCGCGGUUACAAAGUUGCACGCAUAGAGCAGACUGAAACGCCACAACAGUUGGAAGAGCGAAACCGCGCUAUAAGAGGUGGAAAGGAGAAAGUGGUUCGAAGAGAAGUGUGUCGCGUCACUACAAGUGGAACUCGAACGUAUUCGGUGCUGGAUGGAUGCAACCUGUAUGGAGGAGAAACCGAUAACGGAGAAAUCCAGUCCAAAUUUUUGCUUAGCAUUAAAGAAUUGGUACUUUUCGAAAGAGGGCACCUCUCCACGCAAUGCAAAACGGUUUUGAAUGGUAUGCUCGGUACGGUACAGAAGGAAGGACUCACGCCAAAAAAGCAAUUUUUAGGUGCGGAGGAGACACUGAAAUUAGUGAGUUCUAACUAUUAUGGAUUCAAAUAAUG